CGUGAACCGGCUCGGUCCGGAGCCGCGCGCGGAGCGUUCGGGCAUGCCCCGCUACGAGCUGGCUUUGAUCCUGAAAGCCAUGCAGCGGGGUUGGUACAGUAGGCUUCACUAACUUAGCUGCAACUCAGAAUUUCUCCUCCAGCACCUGAGUAAAUGCUGAUGGUCUUGUGGAGAGUGGAUUAAGAGUACGAGCUAAGUUCUCAAUCCCAAUUAAGAAGCGGAGGAAAAUUUAAACUGUCUCCUUCAAAGUUUAUCACAACCACCACCAUCAAGACAGCAAACCAAAGGACAAAGACUUUGACCUGCUGUGUUGCUCUGUGUAGUCCAGUUCACGUAUGGUUUACAGACUUGGCUGGGGUUACUAAUGAGUAAAUAAAAAGUUGGACACUUCCUGUCGUUGGACACUUAUUCACAAAGUUACCAAAAUGAGGGCUGUACUGGAGACAGCAGACAUUGCCAUAGUGGCCCUGUAUUUUAUCCUGGUCAUGUGCAUUGGUUUUUUUGCCAUGUGGAAAUCUAAUAGAAGCACCGUGAGUGGAUACUUCCUGGCGGGGCGCUCUAUGACCUGGGUAGCAAUUGGUGCCUCUCUGUUUGUGAGCAAUAUUGGGAGUGAGCACUUCAUUGGGCUGGCAGGAUCUGGAGCUGCAAGUGGAUUUGCAGUGGGCGCAUGGGAAUUCAAUGCCUUACUGCUUUUGCAACUUCUGGGAUGGGUUUUCAUCCCGAUUUACAUCCGGUCAGGGGUAUACACCAUGCCUGAAUACUUGUCCAAGCGAUUUGGUGGCCAUAGGAUUCAGGUCUAUUUCGCAGCCUUGUCUCUGAUUCUUUAUAUCUUCACCAAGCUCUCAGUGGAUCUGUAUUCGGGUGCCCUCUUUAUCCAGGAGUCUUUGGGUUGGAACCUCUAUGUGUCUGUCAUCCUGCUCAUUGGCAUGACUGCUUUGCUGACUGUCACCGGAGGCCUUGUUGCAGUGAUCUACACAGACACUCUACAGGCUCUGCUUAUGAUCGUUGGGGCACUCACACUUAUGAUUAUUAGCAUGAUGGAGAUUGGCGGGUUUGAGGAAGUUAAGAGAAGGUACAUGUUGGCCUCGCCCAAUGUUACUUCCAUCUUGUUGACAUACAACCUUUCCAACACAAAUUCUUGUAAUGUCCACCCUAAGAAAGAUGCGCUGAAAAUGUUACGGAAUCCGACAGAUGAAGAUGUUCCUUGGCCUGGAUUCGUUCUUGGGCAGACCCCAGCUUCGGUAUGGUACUGGUGUGCUGACCAAGUCAUCGUGCAGAGAGUCUUAGCAGCUAAAAACAUUGCUCAUGCCAAAGGCUCUACUCUUAUGGCUGGCUUUUUGAAGCUUCUGCCAAUGUUUAUCAUAGUUGUCCCAGGAAUGAUUUCCAGGAUACUGUUUGCUGAUGAUAUAGCUUGCAUCAACCCAGAGCACUGCAUGCAAGUGUGUGGAAGCAGAGCUGGGUGCUCUAAUAUUGCUUACCCACGCCUGGUGAUGAAGCUGGUUCCUGUGGGCCUCCGGGGCUUAAUGAUGGCAGUGAUGAUUGCGGCUUUGAUGAGCGACUUGGACUCUAUCUUUAACAGUGCCAGUACCAUAUUCACCCUCGAUGUGUAUAAGCUCAUCCGCAGGAGCGCAAGCUCCCGAGAACUAAUGAUUGUGGGGAGGAUAUUUGUGGCUUUUAUGGUGGUGAUCAGCAUUGCAUGGGUGCCAAUCAUCGUGGAGAUGCAAGGAGGCCAGAUGUACCUUUACAUUCAGGAGGUAGCAGAUUACCUGACACCCCCAGUUGCGGCCCUAUUCCUUCUGGCAAUUUUCUGGAAGCGCUGCAAUGAACAAGGGGCUUUCUAUGGUGGAAUGGCUGGCUUUGUUCUUGGAGCAGUCCGUUUGACACUGGCCUUUGCGUACCGUGCCCCAGAAUGUGACCAACCUGAUGACAGGCCAGGCUUCAUCAAAGACAUCCAUUACAUGUAUGUGGCCACAGCAUUGUUUUGGGUCACAGGACUUAUUACUGUCAUUGUUAGCCUUCUCACACCACCUCCCACAAAGGAACAGAUUCGUACCACCACCUUUUGGUCUAAGAAGAGCUUGGUGGUGAAGGAGAGCUGCUCCCCGAAAGAUGAACCAUACAAAAUGCAAGAGAAGAGCGUUCUGAGAUGCAAUGAGAAUAGUGAGGCCAUCAACCACAUCAUUCCCAAUGGGAAAUCUGAAGAUAGCAUCAAGGGCCUUCAGCCUGAAGAUGUUAAUCUUUUGGUGACCUGCAGAGAAGAAGGCAAUCCAGUGGCUUCAUUAGGUCAUUCAGAGGCAGAAACACCGGUAGAUGCUUAUUCCAAUGGGCAAGCAGCUCUCAUGGGUGAGAAAGAGAGAAAGAAAGAAACAGAGGAUGGAGGCCGGUACUGGAAGUUCAUAGAUUGGUUCUGUGGCUUUAAAAGUAAGAGCCUCAGCAAGAGGAGUCUCAGAGACCUGAUGGAGGAGGAGGCUGUUUGUUUACAAAUGUUGGAAGAGCCUCCACAAGUUAAACUAAUACUAAAUAUUGGACUUUUUGCUGUGUGUUCACUUGGAAUUUUCAUGUUUGUUUAUUUUUCCUUAUGAACUUUUAAGGAUAUGAUGAGACACUAACUUAAGAAAAUACUGGUCUUUGGAAAGAAAAAAAAAGAAAACAUGUAACUGUUGCAUCUCUCAGGCAUUGUUUACGCUGUAGGUUUUAGCCAAAUUUUACUUAGCAGAAAAUCAUCUAUUUGCAAGACUUUAUUUUCCCAGAGAUGGAUGAAAGCAAAUUUUCAACCUAAAUGAAGUGAAACUUGUUUAACGGACUGAAUUGUGCAAAUGUGGUUUAAAAUUUUCCAUACCAAAGUAAGGAGAGAGACCAAUUAUUCUCAUAGAACAUGUAGAGCAGAAUAUAUGCUAAGAUAUUACAAAUAAGGUAUACUGUCUGCACUGCCAAAUCUUGGUAGGCCUUCUUAACCUGAAGUAGAAGACUGACUUGCUCAUUUCAAAGUUUUUUCUGUCUUUGUAAUCCCUACUACCAUUUAAAACUGAAUUUGUAGACAUUGUAUAAUCAGUUGUGUACUGAAAACCUAACUCAUGUUCUUGUGGGGUACUUGUGUCGGGACAAGUUAGUUCAUUUGCCAGGCUCGUUUUGCUAGCAUGAGCCUAUGGAUUCUGAAUGCCAAAAGAAAGGAAGAAGAAUGUUUUCCUGUAGCUGUUCUUGUACCACCAAUAUAUGGAAUGUUGAGCAAAAGUUGUUCCAGUUCCUUUUUUUUUUUUUCUUUUUUUCCUGCUUUGACUGAAGUUUAAGUGAACCAUACUCAAAUGACCAUCAAGUCUAUCUUGAUACAUUUAUGUCAUGACUGUAUUGUCAGAUGAUUAGGGGAGAAAAUGAAGUAAACAUUGCUGAUGAUCCCCAGAUUUAUUGACCAAGUUCAGGUUGUUUAUACAGUUUGGGAAUUAGCAGUCCUCAAGCAGUGUUUGGUCAGCUUAUGCUAAACAGGUGACUACUCGUACUCCACUAAUUCUCUAGCUUUGUUCUUUGUUCUUGUCAUUUGGUAACAUUUUUUAUUAGCCACAUAUCUUUCCAAGUGGAUUCAGUCAGAAGAUAUGUCCAGAAAUUUGAAAAAAAAAAAAAAAAAUUGUCACUGCCUUUUUGCUGGGUUGCCCCAUGAUAUAUUGAAGUUGAGCUUUUGGAGGGAAAAUUUAAUUCUGAGAUCAUAUUGUGUCCUUGAGAAGUUCCCCCCGCCCCCCGAUUUACUUUUUUUCGAAAGACUUGCCAUCUGUACACAGCCUCUACAUUUUUGUUUAAAAAGUUAUAUUGACCUAGAGCAUGAGGAGGUUUCAGUGCAAACUGGGCAUCAGUAACAGAAAAGUCAGGGUGCAUGCUUUGCCAUUGGUAGAUCGUCAGUAUUGUCUUUCUGUAGAACAGAUAGCAUGUUAAAGAGGUGUCAAGAAUAAGAACUUCUGGGCUUAAUAGUAUGUCUUGUGGAGGGCAUUGUAGGACUUGUGUAAAUUAUAGGACCCUCGAUCUUCACAUGGCAUGGCACUCUGUUGUAACCUUCAUGGAUGGGAAUCUUUUUCACAGUCUGAUUCCCCUUCGUGAGGGCAGGGUACAAAAGAUGUUGGAGGAAAGCUCUGUAGAUCAUGUAGUUAUGUGUCUGUGUGCUCAACAUGGUCCUUUUUCCUUUGUGACAUAUGAAGGAAACUAAUUGUGUAUCUACUUUCUUUGACUUUCCUGUAAUCUCUGAUACUUUUUAAAUUGCAUGAUUUUAUUAAGCUUGUAUUCUUUAGGGAAAAGUAUUACUUUUUUAGAUACUUUUGUAGAUUUUGAAUCAAAACUCAGUCCUAAUAACUUUCAAUUUUUUGUAUUCUGUAAACUAGUUUCAUUAUGAUGGACUUGAUUAGUCCAAAGUUGAUUUUAGAAAUUAUCAGGUAGCAUAAUGUCUUCCCAUCUCCAGGAGGCUUUCUGAUGGACUGAGUCUGUAGAUGAAAAAGUAAUUUAUGUAUGAAUAGCAUGAUUUCUGAGAGCUUAGAGUGCCUUGUAGAAUUUUUUUUCCCAAUUUCAUUCUUAAGAUUUAGAAGUUGGGGGCCAAAUAAAUAGGGACCAUCCUUUUCUUGUAUGGAGGAGGCUGUGGCUGUGACAUAUCUAAGGUUACAAAAAGUCUGUUGGGGAGAACAGAGAACCAUGUAUCCAAAGCUGGACUCAUGGUUAGUCCUUUUCUCAAAGGAACUAUUUUCCUUUGAGACCACCUUUUUGGUAUUUGGGGAAAUAAUAGGACCUUAGAUUUUUCAAAUUGGCUUUUAAGUCAUAGGGGUUAAAAUUUUCUUUGAACACAUUGCUGUGUAACUCUCCACAAAGAGGAUUGACACAUUGGCUGGGCAGCCUUCUUAACCCUUCUUUUUACGGCAUAAAUUAAUAGGUGGUGUUUAUGUAGGUUUUUUUUCCCCUUUGUUUAAUGUCGAGUCCUAAUAGUUUGGAGUAUUAGGAUCCCCCUACUUUCUCUUUGCUGCUGUCUUAGUACGAUACGUGAAAUACAUCAUCUUGUGUCUAUUUGUGUGUAUAUAGCAGUAGGUCAAGUUUAGAGUACUAAUGUCUGUAAAUAAGGAAUGACUAUUAGCAUAUCCAUUAGGGUGUUUAUUCUUGUCAGUAUAAACAUCACUGUGUUGAGACUGAAGUCCCCGAAGCUUGCCCUUCAUAUUGCUUUCCAGUAAGAGAUAAUGUGCUUGAAUAAGUAUGUGGAUUGCCGAUUGCAACUUCAUUCAGGGGACCAUUGUUCAGUCUAGAUUUCAUUAGAAUGAUUGUUCAUGGAAUGAUACAUGGUCUGUUUUAAGCUAGCAAAAUGUUCAUACUUUACACUAAAUGGGUCCUAAAUGAUGACAUUUGCUCUGUAGACAUAUGUAUAUAUUUUUAUAUUGGCUCAAGCUAAGGUUCAGAAUUGAGUAAGAGUGAUAUUGACUAGAAUAGUUACCUAAGAGUCCAAAUGAAAAGUGAGAACACUGGUCUUCAAAAAGUAGAGACAAAUACUGUCUUAUCUGUUCUUUAUGGUAUCCCCAGUUCUUAGAUUUUUGUCCUUCCACACAAUCUCAGUCUUAAGAUCUGAUGAGAAGAGCUUAUUAUUCGGGCAUGCAGAAUAAUUAUUGGCUCCAAAAAUACUAUAUCCUUUUGCCCCGAGAUAGUAUGUGGCUUUAGAAAUAGCUGAGCCGAGCUUUUUCUGCAGCCAUUCUUUUCCUGGUGAGGUUAUCACUCAUAUCUUUAGGUUAGAGAAGCAUCAAGCAAUAGUGGUGGUACUGUGUCCUUUAGCCUAAAUUCAGCAGAUCUGCUCUCCCAAGGCUUCCAUUUCCCUUGCCUCAAAGGAUCCAUUGUCUUUUUGUACAAAGAGGCUGGCCAGGGUCAUAGUUCUUAGCAUGUCAAGUAAUUAGCAGAGACCUAUCAUAUGUGAAACUUCACAUUUUAAGAAUUGAUUGGGAGGUUGUCACUCAGUUCUCUAACCUGAGGCUAAUUGGGAGUGGGGGACUGAAGUCUCGUCCAGGGCGCUUAGAGUCUAUAAGUGUCUCCGUUUCUCAGUCCGCUGUUUUCUUCCCUAUACUUACAGGGUGAGUGGAUCUUCUCCUCUGUCUUCGAAUAUCAUUUAGUGUAGCCUGUGGGCUAUUCUCAUUCUUUACCGUCCUGAAGACUGGCCAUAUUAUUAGACCCGUCAGUGUUCCCACUUGGCAGUAUUUGGCUUACUUACUUUGCUUAUACUUUUUACUCUGCUGUGUCAUUUUCAUCUGAGGUAUGAUGGCUGGAAAGGACCGUGUGGGUAUGGAGUAGUUACACCUUACCAUUCCCCAGGUUUAGAUUGAGAGAUAUAUGUAGACCAUUCCUGUUACAUUUUGUGACCACGGAGACAUGCCAGGACAAUUGUUCUAAGAAGUCCGAAAAACUAUAAAUGAGAUGCUGAGAAGAAAUACCUGGGUGAUAAAAACACAAACUUAACAAAUUAGGUAACAGACAAACAUUAGGUUAAAAUGUGCAGACGUAGAAUUCUAUUCAGUGAAUUCCAGAACUUGAAGCAUCUUGGCUAUCAGCUUAUUUAAGCCUUUCCUCAUAUAGAUGCGUAUAUCAACGAAUAAGAUCCAGCCUGUUAAAAACCCUGGUUUGAUGUUAAAUAUUGUGAAGUAGGAGUUUUUAAGCCUAUUUGAGGUUAAAUGACUGAUAUUUGAUAGUGACACUUUAGUAGAAAAAAAUGCUUUUAGGCUUGUAUUCAUAAGAUUUCUCAUUAGCAAAAUGUUACAUUGCAUAAGUCAUUCUGAUGUUAGCUUGAACAGACUUUACAAAUAGGGUAUACUCCUAUUUGUGUGUAUACUCACCUACCAUUCAGAGAGACUGGUCUUUCCCUUUGUCUUCCCUCACAUUGCUUUGAUUUUUCACCUAUUCUUUCUUUUAACAUUUCUCAGAUUCCUGUUUUGAUCUUUUAUCAGCUUAAUUCACUUUCAGGUUUAUUGCUGUGAUGUGCAAAAGUGCUGCUUUGCCCCAGUUUUGAAUACUUGGAUCCAAAUAAUGAUUCAUUAAGUAUAGUCGUGUUUAAAUAUACGAAAUUUCUAUAAGCUUAAACUGUUAAUUCUCCAGAAUGAUCUUCUCAGGCUAAUGUUCACUAGUGUUCACUAAUAAAUGCCCUAAUAAUCCAUCAGUAUUUUAUUCUGAAAACUCUUUUCUUCAAAAAUUAGGGAGACAACAAUAGUUAAACUUCAUACCGAUCCCUUUGAAAUGGUGGUAUCACAAUGCAGAGAGGAAUGGAGUUUGUUUUGAUGCCAAAAAGCCUUGUUCUUUCAGUACUUUAAAGGUGCAAAGUUGGAACUAGUCAGUUGGCAUAUAGAGAAACCCUUUUGUACUAGUAAGGUGUGAAGCUGGAUUAUAUAAGAAGUAAUCUUUUGAUUACUACAUUCGGUUAGCUUAUUAACUCAGGGCGGCAAACCCCUUUUCCUCCAUUAAGGUCACUUCUCUUCAUUUGGUAUCCUUUUUCUCAGACUCUCCCCUCUGUUGGAAGACUUGGUAUUCAGCUACUCUGACUCCUAGAAUUGGAUUUAGCUAAGGUUCAAACUAUAUAAUAGGCUUUGCCAGUGCUGAGUCCCACACCAUCAGUCACAUAGUCAUAUAAAUGUUUUUAUUUAAACUUCUCUCUCCAAUGCCGGGAAUAAGGCUUUCAACUACUGAUUCACCUUUAAAGGAAUGUUAUGAGAAUGGAUAUAAUUUAUGUUUCUGUUUCCAUCUCAAAUCCUUUAGAAAAGAUAGGACUUUGGCUUUGUUUCUCUGGUAACUAACAGCCUUAACCAUUGAUAUAUUGCCUUUUAUUCAGAAAUAGACGAGAAAGAUUUGAUGUAUUUGUAUCGUUACUCAUUUCAUGUACUUUACUUUUAAGGGGAGGACCAUAAUUGGAAGCUGUUGGUUUAAACCAAAUAACCUUACUUUAUGUAAUAAUUUUUCAGUGUGGUUUGGUUACCUGGAUUCAUACUAUGUGUGAAGAGAGGGAUGCUAGAACAAAUAAGCAAAUGAAGAGCAAGUCAAGACAAAAAGCACAGCGGUCUCAGAUUUUUCUUAGUGUAGGAGCAAUGGCUUUACUCGCAGAAAAGCACUAGAUCAUAAUUGUUGCCCAUGAUCCUAAAGCCCCUUCAAUCCUUUCCUACCCCUACCCCCAGUUAAAAAUAGUUUACAGUCCGUGAACUCUAUCAACAGGGGAAAUACAUAUUUCAGUGAUUUCCGUAACAGCACAAGUUGACAGUAGAUAACCACAACCUUAUUGGAGACUUCUAUUUAUCUUGGUAAAUUCACCUUGUACCCCAGUGCUGCUGGAGGAAGGAGUGUUUACUUUGUUUAUCGCCUUUGGACAAACUAGUCUGGAUAAUUUUUCAGUAUUUAAUUGUAGCCUAGACUUCUGUAAGUGGAAUUUUCCUUAAUAACUCGCUUUUUGGUAAUAAUAGUUGGAAACUGAAAUUAAGCUUAUUGCUAUUAUUGAAAUCCCAAAUUGGCAAAGGCCAGUAUAUAGGGUAUUUCAUAAUAUAAUCAGCUUCUGAAAUUUCUGUUUUGAUUAGUGCCUUCUGGUUGCCAAUAUUGACUCUGCUAGUUUACACAUUUCCCUUUCUUGAUAGAAUAUAUUUAUUUGUUACAAUUCCUCUUUUUAAAUUUUGUUAUAACUAGUCAAGGAAAUACACAAAAUGCAUUUAUAUUUACAUACUUUAUAUGCAGCGUUUGUUUAGGUUCAAGGAAACCAAGUAGCUCUAAUUCCUGUUGCAGUUUAAGUGUUAUUUAUUCAUCUAUAUUUGUUUUGUAUCCUUCAUUAAAACUAUAAAGUUACUUAUUCUGUGAGUAUAUUUUAACUAUUGUGUUUCCAGUGUAGGUUUAAUAGGCAUAUCUGAGAACAUACAUGUGGCAACAGUUUCACAUUCCAUGUUAGAUAAAGAGCUUAAAGUAAAGGUCCGUAGAAAGCACAAAUCCUGUUCACGCAGGUGUGUAUCUCCACACGUAGAAAGCACAAGACUCACAGUGUUUCUCAGUGUCCCGCAAGUGCCAGUCAUAAAGCCCACCAAGCGUCUGUCUUGGGAGUUAUGGAGGACCACCGUUUUGAAAGCCCUAGACAAUGAGGUGAUCUAAAUUGUGGUCCUAAAUGAGAAGUGAUUCAAAUGUAAUAAUCUGAAUAAGUUGGUACUGCUGUGGUGGAGGGAGAGAAGACCAGUGUCAAGAAUGUUGCAAUUAUACUUGGGGUUACAAGUGAAAAUGGGGUUUAUGGGUUCUUUCCUAUAAUCUGGAACUAACUGGGACAGACUUUUAAGCUUUUGGUGGGUGGGACAGUUUGGUAAACUUCUGCUUUAAGUUGUAGACCCAUUUGAGUUGGUUUUUGAUCUUAAGUCUUGAGGAAGUUUUACCUGCCAUCGGUAGGUUCCUGAAAACAUGGAGAAAUUUCACAUUUUGACAGGGCAAAUACUUGUCUUUCAUCUUUGUGUAGGUUUGUAAGAGGUAAACUUAGCUUUAUUUUUUCGUGUGCUUUACUGCACUCAUUUUAAUAGAGCAGAAUUUGGUCCAAGUAUUCUGAGCAUCAAACUAAGUCUGAGACAGCUCUGCCAAACGAGCUACUUUGCUUUUCACAGUGGUUGUAAGAGUCUAAAGGCUUCUUUUACCUGUACCAUUCCCCCCGCUUCAUGACCAGAUGAGGUGAAAUCUGUGGGUGCAGCAGAAGAAAAUGUGUUUUUCUUGCACUCGGUUUUGCCCUUGUUUUCUUUACCUGCAUAGUCCCAGUCUAUCAAGAAUGCAUAAAUAAUCUCUGUCUUGAAUUUUGCCCAUAUGUCAAAAGGUGUAACUCUCAGAAUGGGAGACAAGUGACUACCUUUGUUCCCACUCUCCUCUAUUUUGUGUAUUUAUCUUCUUAGGGAAAGACUUGGUCAACUCGGAUAAUACAUGGAAUGAAGAUUAAAGCUGGUGUAGACUGGUAUCACAUGUUUUAGAGGGGUUAACCAGAGCGCCUGAAGGGAGAGAUUCGUUCCCCCUCCAGCAAAAAGCAGUCAGGUGUGUUCCCUCAGUAUUAGAAUGUAAAACCUCAGGCUUGGGGUGGGGGUGUGUGUGGUGAGGGCAGAGGGGUGCCAGAAAUACAGGAAAAAAAAGAGGUUUGAGGAGUAUCUUUGGCUUAGCGAUGUGUGAUAAGGCAAAACAGUUAUAAUCUGUUAAUCCUAUAUAGUAUGCGUCUGUACCUUUAAAUGUUUUUAAAUUUAAAAUCAUUUGCAAGAACUUCAUGCUUUUGAAGAUUCCUUUGGCAGAAUUUCUUUCGUUUAAAAUUCCACGGAAAGUUGCUUUAAUUAUUCGUCUAGGUGAAAGUAGUCCUAGCAGUGUAAAUAUGUAUAAUUAGAAUUUUCUAAUUUCACUUUGAGAUCUCUAACUUUUGAGUGGCAAAAACAGAUCAACAAGUCUUUUGCUCAUGGACUUUUCUGUGGCGUUGUUAAAAUGCAAAAGCUUUAUUUUUGUUAAUAAUGACAUGUUACGUUAGCGUCAGAUGAUGAUACGGCAUCUGUUCCCUGCCUUUCCCCACCAGUACUGCUUUGGUUUAUAGAUUGCCAGCAGAGUUGAGAAAUAGAGCAGGGAUCUACCCAUUCUUGGCUUGGACAUCCCAUUUUCUGUUGCCCAGACCUGUGUCGGCAAUCAUGUAUGAACUAUGUUAUGCUUCUCAGUACUUAUUAUUUUUUUUUUGAUAAGGUGGAUAUCAAAAAUAGUUGCUGUGCAAAAGUUAGUAGUCUUCUUCAAGAAGAAAACCGAUUCCUUUUCUAAUAUCCUGUGAAAUUGCUUCAUUCAUUUCUUUAUUUUUAAGCCAAAUGUCAGCAGAGUACUGCUGCUUUUAUCUAGUACUUUUGAUAUGUAAGUAUUGCAUUUUAAAAAGAUGUCUACAUUGAAAGCUGUUUUUCCCAGUGUCCUCCCUAUUAUACUCUGUUCAUAUUUUCUGUAAGAGACCAGUCUGUGCACUGGGGGUGUGUAUUGUGUAAAUGUACCAUUUCGUCAGUUAUGCAUUGUAGACCAAAUGUGAUUAUAAAUGAAGCUGUUGAGUUGUUGGUGAGUUUUUUGAAUUGUAAACUGAUUUCCAGUGACCGUUUGUUGUCCACAGGUUUUUUUGUUUGUUUUGUUUUGUUUUGUCUUCAGGUUUGAUCGGGGUCCAUCUUCACAUUGUACAAUGUUUUAGUUGCAAGCAGAAAGUAGAAUUUGGUAUAAACCAGGUUAUUUCUGUAUUGAAAGGAAUACCAUUGAAAUUGUAGAUUUAGGAUUGUUAACCAUACAUGACAAGUCUAACUUGACUAUUAUUCUAACCUACUGUAUACAAUCUGAUUUUUAAAAUUGUAGACAUGUAUGAUCUUGGUUUAAUGUGUUUUUAAAAGUGUUAUUGUUGAAAAAAUGGAAAAACAAUGAAGCAAAUCUGCUAAAGAGCUGUCAGUUUUCAUUACUGACUCUGUAAAAUACACUGUUCUUUGUGUACUGUGUGUUAUUUUGCCAGCUGCUGCAUUAGCCUUCAAAAGUAUUUGGAAACUUCAGAUGAACUACAUUUCUUGAAAAGUAUAUUCCUUUCUGUGGUAUCUUGUCCUGUAACUGAAGUAUAGUAAUUAUUUUAUGGAAAUGUUAUUAGCACUUCUGUACCAACUUUGAAUAAAAUGAAAAAUUUACAUUUCUGUGACUGAGUAUUUUCAGUAUGAACACGUAUCUGCCCUCAAAACUUGAUGAGGUUCUGUGUCUAGAGUUGAAGAGGUUGUACCUCAGUGCCUUUUCUCUUGGCUCACCACAGGUUUUCCCUACCAGUUAAUGCUGUUCUUUACCAUUGUAAACCAGGGCUUACGGGUGUUGAUCCGGAAUUGAGUGACAUGGCAAUCACCGAGUAAAUAAAAAUUCUCUUAGUUUAUCACUUCUGUUUCGAAAUAACUUCAGAUCACAGGAAAGUUGUGAGAACAGUAUGAAGAACUCCGGAAUCAUUUUCAUCCAGAUUCACCAGUAGGACACAUUUUUGCCACGUUUGCUUUGUCAUUCUUUUAUCAUACACACUUUUCUGAACCAUUUGAGUGUUAAGUUGCAGACAUCAUUCCCCUCUACUCCUUCGGUAGUUGUAGUAUAUUUAAGACAAGGACAGUCCUCUAAUCAGAAUGUAAUUAUCAAUAUCUGCAACAUGACAGUGAUGCAGUAUUUUAAUCUGACGUCUUUAUUCAAAUGUUGCUGUUCCAGUAAUGUCCUUUUGUAGCGUUUUUUAAGUUUAGAAGCCAGUCCGUUGUAUUUAGCUUUUAUGUCUCUCUCCUUUAAUUAGCAAUUCCUCAGUUUUUCUUUGUCUUCCAUGGUAUUGAUAGUUUUGAAAUUUAGAGGCCAUUUUGUGAAUGCCCCUCAUUUCCUCAUGGUUAGAUUCACACUAUACAUGUUUGGCAGGAGUAGGACAUAAGUGAAGCAAUGAUAAUGUCCUCAAAGCUUCAUGUUGGGAGGUACGUGAUGUUGUUCCCUUAAUGUUGACAUUAACUUUGAUACUUGGUUAAGACGGUGUCUGUCAGGUUUCUCCACUGUCAAGUUACUGUUUUUCCUUUAGCCAAUAAAUAAUCUGUGGGAAAAUAAUAAGAGAUUACGUAAAUAACUUACUCCUCAUCAGGCUUGAACCCCUGAAUUCAGUGUCCAUAGGUAAUUUUUGCCUGAGCAAAGUUACUACAAUGAUGAUGCAAAACUGAUUUUUUUGUGUGUGAAGUUUUGUUGUUGUUUGCUAUACUCAAAUGGAAAGCUUCCUCCUCUUCCCAUUUAUUUGUAUGAACUCAUUUAGUGGGUUAUACUCCAUUACUGUCAUCAUUUUGCUCAAAUGUUUCCAGAUUUAGCCAUUGAUACUCUCCUCAGACUAGUUUCUGUGUCCUUGAUGCCCAUUUGUAUCAUUUUUUCAGUGCUUCCUGAUUUCCCAACACAGCAAGGGGUUGCAGGCUUAUCUUGUACUUUCCUUUCCCCAUUGGGACCAGGCAUUUAGUUAGGGAAUGGAAUUUAGAAAUCAAGGUCUGGGUGUGCCCAUUCUUUACAGGGGUGAACAUGGCCCUUCUUCUGGGCCCUUUUCAGUAUACAGAAGUAGGGUAUUCAUAUACAUCUGAGGCCUCCUAAUUCUACACCAGUGCUAGAAGGUUCUUUUAGCUUUCCCCAUUACUCCCUUUUCCAGCUGCAAGAAAUCAGAUAAUAUUGACACAUUAACUCAUUUUUCAAUCUUACAACUCUUUAGAAUUAAAGUUUUUGCAGGUGUAUAGAUGUUUUUAAGAGUUUUGCUGAAUAUGGAAUUGUAGAUUGGGAAGUAUUUUUCUUCAGUUUUUGUAAGCAUAAGACUUUUUUUUUCCCCCUAGCUUCUAGUCUCAGUGUUCUGAAAUUUCAUUAUUACAUGCCUUGAAAGUUUUUCUUCCAUUGUACUGGCCCUCAGUGGGCUCUUUUCAGUUUGGCAACCGAGUGUCUUUUAUUUCUAGGAUGAUUACUCUCUGUUUUCUCCUUUUUGGAAAAAAGGAGUUUUUUGAACUUUGAAUUUUGUUCAACUCUUUGGAUCAUGUGGACUGGUCCAGUUUCAUACAGUCUCUUGUUUUUUAAUUUUCUUAAUUGUCUUUGUCUUUUUGCUCUUUCUAAGGGUGUUUCUAACUUUAUCUUCUAACCCUUCUGUUGAAAAAAUUUCUCAGGUAUUUACUUUAUCAGUGCUGCUUUGUUCCCCGAAUCUUCCUUUUUUCUAGUCUCUUGUUUCAUGGUUGCCGUAUCUUUUCAUCUCUGAAGAUAGUGUUUUCUCUUCCUGCAGUGUUUGUUUACUUCAGUUUUUUCUGUGUUGAGCUCUCCUGUUAAAGGCUUUUCUCAAAUGUAUGCGGUCUUUGGUUUAACUGAAUGGACUACUGAAUGCGUGGGUGGAGCUUGUCUGCUUCAUUGUCUGGCCUUCAUGGCCUGGCUGUUUGUUGCACGACUCCUGUGGUAUCUUUUGAACAGGUCAGAUUGCCCAAAGAAUAGUCUUAAGAGUUUUUGACUGAAGGAUGAAAGGCCUUGGGCCAUCAUUCUGGGAGCUAAGUGGGGAAAGAGCCCAGGGGUCUCAUCAUUCAGUAUGCAUUUUUUUCCUCAGUCUCUUUUUGGUGUGGUGCCCCCACUUAGAGCUGUGCGAGUGUCUCCUGGUCCAGAGGUUUCUCUCUGUUUUGUCCACUCCAGAGAAUAAACCUCCAGACAUGCAUCUAAGGAUCCAGUUUCUCCUUACGCUUUUGACAGACUUUAUUUUAGCCUCUUACUUCACCCCCACUUUCACAGGCAUACCCCGUGUUGCCAAUUCUUGGAUCUUUGGAGGAAUUCUCCAUUAAGUACGGUUGAUUCUUGGUUUUCCCCAUUGCUGCUUUCUUCCAUAUAUUUUCUUUCUUCUCCAGAUUGAAUUGCUGUGUUCCCGUCUUGUCUUCCUCAUUCUUUCAGAGUUGUACCUUAAAACACACACACACACACACACACACACACACACACACUAAAAAGCUCUUUACUGUAGUUCUAGUAGGUUUUUCAGAAGGAGUAUAAUUAGAUGCUUGUGUUGCAACUUCCAACUUACUGGGAAGUUUUGGUAUCUGCUCUUUGCUUAGUAUUUGAAAGUUGACAUUUCUGAGUCUAUAGCCCAUUUCAGUCCUUCCCAAAAAGAACAUGUUGACAACCAGAAGCACAGUUGGAGUUUUAAAAUUCUGUUGGUCUCUGAAAGCGCAGAGCUAAUGAUCGUUCACAUUUCAAAAGGGGCCUUAGGAAUUGUGUGUUUGAUUCUUCUGUACAAUGCACGAAGCCCACCUACGAAAACAUUUUUUGUGUGUGGAGUUUAACAUACAUACUCCGUCCCAUGAAAAUGAACUGGUAUACAGCACAGUGAGUAUGGUUGCUACUUGUUAUUUGUGGCAGUUACUUUCUGUAAAGUGGCCUCUAACGCUGAAUUCGUGAAUACAAGUCAUUGCCCCUUGAGGAGAUGCAGGGUUGGGUUCCUGUGAGCCUCUGGCUGGUCACAUUUUAAUUAACUGACCGAGACAUAACCUCAUUUUUAUGUGUGUUUCUGAUGAAGUCUGAUGAAGACAUUAUAUUUAAUAUGUUUGAUUCAUAAUCAUUGAGCUCAAAGCCAACAGCAUCCUAACCCAUGCCACGAAUGAAGCUUUACCUAAUGCAUUUUUCCUGUAAGGCACAUCACAUCCUUCUUACACCAAGGAACAUUUAGGACAGCAUGUCACUACACUCAGGGGACCAUUUUAAACAGCAUUGACAAAAAGCACAAGAAUGCAGGAAAACAUGGCACUACGUGGGCCGCAGAAAAGACACCUGCUUAUUAUCAUGGGAGACCUGAAACAAGAAGGCAGAGCCUCGGUUGUUGGGCCUCAGCCGGGAAUGUGCAUGUCGGGUGGCACAUUUUCCACCGGUGUCCACAUGCGUGUGUCUGCAGAUGACUGCAGAAGUUGGUGGGAGUGUCCACCUGGGCGGCACAAAUAAGUUUUCGCUAGUAGACGAAUUGGCAUGUAUGGAUUCCGCACGUAAUGAGGAUCCACUGUACCUGCGAAGCAAACACCCGUGUAACCACCGCCCGCAAGAACUAGAACUUUGUCAGCCGCUCUCCCAGAAGGUGCACUUCAGUUACGGGAAGUUCUGAUUUUAAAGGGGUUUCUUACCUCCAGUCUGCCUCUUUCAUUUGAUAGCUCAAGUUCUGCCUCUGAAGUGUUACCUUUUUUCCCUUUGAGUAUUUGAAGACAAAUACUCAAGAUAAGGGUACUCUUAAGUCUCAAAAUCCAGCUUUAUCUUUUUCAUUCUCUUGGGUGUGCAAGAGACCCUUUACCUGUCUUUUUUUUUUUUUUUUUUUUUCUAGACAACUUUGAGGCACUUUGACGUCCCUUUUUAUAUGUUUAAAUCAGCAAAUACAGUCUCCAGGGUACACACUACUGACGUUAGACUGUAGGGGUGGGAAGUAAACACAACAGUGAAGACUACCAUUCCCUUGGUUUCACUGUCCUUCCGGUUGAAAUAGGAAAUUUCAUUGUCACACCCUCUGGAAGACACUGUACAAUGCUGUUGUCUCUACUUGGUAUGUAGAGACAGCACGACCUGCUGACUCGGUUUCCAGAAGUUGUCCUAGCUUUUCAGAGUCCUGAAGUUGGAUGCGUAAUAUUUCCUGUACACUCUAGGAGUAGAAUGUCCAUGAUUCUUGAUUAUGUCCCAAGAAUCCUUAGAAGUUUGGAAGCACCUUUAUGAGUCUGGCUGUGUCUUUGUUUUGUAUCAGUCUCUCUCACCUGUUUAUUCCUUCUUCCUUGACUGCGCAUCUGUUUUUUACUAACAGGAUGUGCUUUAGCUUUAUUAUGCAUAUCUGUCUUUUGAAAACAAAUGGUGCUGUUUUCCUCUUUGCAGUUGAAUAUCUUAUUUCUCCUUGAAUUUUCUGACUUGGCUUAGCAUUUUCUUUCUCUUCAGUGAAUUCAAGUGCAGUUAGCAACUUCCAUCCCUUCAUUUUUCCAUUUAUUCUUUGACUUAUGCAUUCAUCAAAUACUUAGCAAACACAUUCUGUGUGCCAGUUGCGUUGCAUCUCCAGCAUGUAGUAAAGAUGAAUAGAUGCAACCUUGAAGAAGCUUAGUUAAGGAAGGGGAUGGUACUCGACAUAAUUGUACUUGCAAGAUGUGUGUGGAAUGGGAGCGGUCCGUGUAGGAUCGCAGAGGAGAAGCACACUUCUAGGAAGUAAUUGAAUCUGGAAGGAUGUUUUUAUUUCUUUAAUUCCACUGUGCCUUUAUACCCUGCUCCUCCUGCUCUUCAGAGUAGUGCAAUCCCUCAAAUGCCUUCCUCUCACCUCCUAAGUUAAGCACCCCUGCAGUGGCCUGGUUGGUGGACACAGUUGGUCUGUAGGGUAAUGCAGAUCUGACUCUUGCCAAGGCCCAAGUUUCUCCAUCAGGGCAUAUUUAAAAAAAAUACUUCUCUUAACCCAGUCAACGAACACAUUUUUUGCUAAGCUCAUACACUGAUGUUUAGAAGAUUCACAGGAUAUAAAAUAGGAUUCUUUCUUUAAUAACCCUGUUGUCUCUAGUCACUAAAUCUUUUGCGGGUUCUUACCUCCCUUGGUCUCCCUGUCAUUCCAGUGCUGCCCUCCUACUCCCUGCAGAGGCCGAACUGUAAGAUGAAGGCAGGGAACUGAAUUGUGCGUGAAGGAGAGCAGUCCACAAGACAGGUAGCUCAGUGAUGUAUACCUGAUUCCUGCUCUCACUAUCCAUUUCAUGAGCUUUGGCAUUUCAUUUACUUGCUGCCAUAGUAACCAGGAUUCCUGCCAGUCUUCUUCCUCUUUCCCAUCUUUUAUUCAUCUGUACAGGCAUCUGGAGUGGGGAUGGGGAAGACAGAAGUGGAAAUCUCCCAGUAAAAGGGUGUGGAUUUCAGAAUGUCCUCAGAAUAGCAAAGAUGGACAUCUUCGUUUUGGCAUUGUUUCCAGCUGUUGAAGUACUAUUAACCACAAGUAGUCACCUCUUGGGGUUGUUAUUUCUCUAUUUCAUGUCAGGGAGAGCUCUGUUAUUGUGAAAAAAGAAGUGGAGCUUUUAUGUUUAUUAAAUUAGAGUUGUAGGAGAUCAUUGUUGAAAGUCCUUUAUAAACUACAGUUCGGCCAGAACCACUCAUUUUUUGGCUGAUGAGAAGCCAGCCAACUUCAUACUAGAAUGUGGUUCUCAGCUUUGUCUGUACCUGGAGAGUUUCAAAAAUGCUAGUGCCCAGGAUUCUUAAAUUCCUAGGCCAAUUGAAUCAAAAUAUCUGAGGUGAGACAUAAGCAUCUCAUUUUUUACAGUUCCUAGGUUAGGGGGGCCUGGAUGGCUCAGUUGAUUGAGCAUCUGACUCUUGAUUUUGGCUCAGGUCAUGAUCCCAGGGUCAUGGGAUUGAGCCCCGCAUCGGGCUCUGUGCUGGGUGUGGAGCCUGCUUGAGAUAAUUCUCUUCCUCUGCCCCUCUCCCUCUGUCGCUCGUUCUCUCUCUCACACACACACACAAAAAAGUUCCUCAGAUGAUUCCACUGUGCUCUAGAGGAUGCCUUGGUGAUUCUGCCCUUUUCUUUUGGUGUACCCAAAUCAUGAAAGGAACUGUUGGUUGUAUGCAAUUGAACCUCCAAAUUUGGCCUGAAAUGGCAUCUAUCUGAUUGAUAUUCUUUGACUUGAGACCUGGGAAACAAGUGGAUUAAUUAAGGAACAAAACUGCAUUAUAGUCGAACUACACAGAUUUACUGUUAACCUGGGCCCGUAAGUAACUGACAAGUCAUAAAUUCAUACAGAGUUGGAUCUCAUGUAAUCAUGACUUUCUUGUUCUGUGAGGUCUUGAAAUUCAUUCAUUUAUAAUCUUUUGACACCAGAGCUGGUAUUGGUGACUCACUGUGGGCUAGCUGCAGGGUCCCUUAGUAAGUCCAGUUUAUGAUUUAGAGGCAGUCUUGCCAACCUUGUAGCUGAAGUUACUGGUCAUCCUACUAACUACCUUUACAUUUGCAAACUCAGCCAUGCUAUGAAGUGUGACUGCUUUAUUAUUUUCAGUUUGUUAUUGGCACACAUUAAUCUGUGCUGGACUCAGCAGUUAUUGGACUCUUGCUCCUCUGAUUUUUUUUUUUCUUCCAUUCUUCCCUGGGUUCUUUUUAUUUUUAUCACAUGCCCCAAAGAAUAAAUUUUUAUGUUUGAUUUCCCAGGUCUCAAGAAUCUCAGUCCUGGUGCAUGGCCAUAGAAUAUGGUCAAGUUCCUCUUUUCUCAUCACCUUGAUUAUUUUUUCUUCUUCUUCUUCUUCUUCUUCUUCUUCUUCUUCUUCUUCUUCUUUUUAAUGUUUAUUUUGAGAGAGAGCGAGAGCAUGUAUGCACAUGGUGGGAAGGACAGAGAGAGAGAGAGAGAGAGAGAGAGAGAGAGAGAGAAUCCUAAGUAGGCUCCACACUGUUAACGCAGAGCCUUACUUGGGUCUUAAUCCCAUGAACCAUGAGAUCAUGACAUGAGUCGAAACUAAGAGUAGGAUGCUUAACCCACCACUCAUUACCUUGAUAUCAUUGACCAUUGUGUUCUCAGGGCCAGACUUGGUCUUGUCCUGUCACAUGUCCUUAGUCGGCUCUGAUUUUAGGACCAGUGAUCUCUAGGCUCCUGACUUCUAGAUUUCUGGUUUUUCUCUGAUUGUCAAGAAUCCGAGCAGCCAAUGUAAACAUAGCUCAUGAUAUUAGAAGUACAGCUUGCAAGGCUCUCUCAGUAACCACUGAAAGCUUAUCUAUCAAUACCUCUCUGAUUCGUAUUAAAAAUGUAUAUGGAUGUGGAGUCUGUGAAUGAGUUCUAAAUGUUUGAGGCUUAGGUUUAGGACUUCAGUACAAAAUUUGCAAAUUAUGGCAUCCAUAGUAAGAUAGCAAGCAAGUCUCUGGCAUAGACUUAGGGGAAGAAAUCCUCUUUAAAUCAAAACAAAACUGAAUUUUCCCCAAAAGCAGUUUGUUUCUAAAACAACUUUUUAUUGCUCACUGUAAAAAGUCAGGUAAUAAAGCAACAUGAAAAGAAAACACAACAGGAUAUUCCUGUCAUCUUACUACCUAGGGAAAAGUAGUAACAUUUUGUUGUAUAUUCAUCCAGACUUUUUUCCAAUGUAUGUGUACAUAAGUACUUUUUUCUUUUAGAAAGAAAUAUGGAUUGACCCUACCGGCUGAUUUUUAGUUUCGUUAAAAUAUUUUUGCGUCUUACGUAAGGAUCAACGUCCUUUUUUUAAAUGGCUGUGUUACUAUUCAGUGAAAAUAAUUUAUUGAACCAGUGGUCUGUGAUGGACAACUCCAUUUCUAUUUAUGCACCAUCCUAAUAACUUUAUGGUGAAGUUUUUCCGAGCUAAGUCCUUGUGCACGCGUAUGGCAGUUUUCUCAGAGUAAAUUCUUAGAAGUGGCUGUAGUAUUGAAGGUAUACACAUUUGAGACUAAUCUAGAUUGCCAUUUGCCCUCCAGAAAGUUUACAUUUUUACCAGCAGUAUAAGUGAGUGUUUGAACAGAACUCUUAAUGUGCUAAGCAAAAAAUUGCUCAGAAUGGACAAAGGUGAUGGCUUCUGCGUGUGCCAAACACAGUGCCCAUGUUGAUUCUAUCCAAAAAUAAAUGCCAUCUGACUCUCUCUGUCCUUCUUUCCUGCGUUAGUCCAGACCUGCUCUGAAAGCACCCUAACGGACCCUCUCUCCACCUCUAGGAGAGGCGUUCAGCUGUCCUGGACCGGUUGCAGAGCUGUCUCUAACCCAGCAGUCAGAAGUAGCAGCUCCUUUGGAGUUCUUGUCACAUUGAUGCUUUUUGAUUCAGUCUUGUUUAGGUUUAACUUCUGUUUUAAUUAGUUUACUUACAUGUGUCUGUCUUCAUGUCUGUAUCACAAACUUUGAAAGGGCUGGGACUUCGUGUUUCCCAUCCUUGUGGCUACCCUUUUGGAGGUGGAUUUCACAGUAAGCAACCCAGAAAUACUUGGCUUGAAGAGGCCUUUGAGAGGAAUGUUUCCAGAUUAAUACUAGGUGGAGCCUUAAGAAAUGGUCACUAUCUGACUAUACUUAAUCUCCCCCAGUGGUGAUCUCAACCUGUAUUUCUGAACUCACAGAAUUUGGUAUGCUUGUUCAGUUUUCUUUCCUUUUCCAGAUGUCAGGAAUAUGCUUCCUCUUUUAUAACUGAUUUGUGUCAUUAAAAUUAUUUUAAAGUUGUUCCCCAAUAAAGAUUUCUAGGUGGUCUCCUCUUACAACUGUUUCUCGUAAAGAUGAUCGUGUAAAUUAAAUCUCGUAUUCAUGGGUUCUUUUCACUUGUUAUACAUUUUAGCAGCUCUUAGGGCUUGUAACUUUGUUAAAUGAUCACUUGAUAUGUCUGAACUGUGAAUGUACAGUUUUUAACCUAAAAUUGUUUUUAAUAUUUGAGGUACUUUUCUUUUUGCAGAGCACCUGAUAGUUGCUUACAAAAAGGGUUUCACUGAAUUCUAAUCAUUUGUUAUUUUCCUAGUACACUUUAUAGAUGCUGGUUCUCUUACUGUCUCCUGUCCUUUCCCCCACUUUCGAAAACCUGUUAAGUCUUUCUUCAGUAGCUCGUCCAUAUUUGUUACAAAUGGUCUUUUAAAUAAGAUUCAUAGGCAAAGUAGUAGAGCAGUGCAGUUCUACUUAUAGAAGCAUUUUCUGUCUUUGACCUUUGAAAAGCCUUUGAAAGUUACUAUGCUGGUCACUUACCCACAAGUUAUACAGUGUACAUAUUAUGUAAUCACGUUUGACCAUGUAUUUAUGUAGUUUUAUUUUUUUAGUUUUCUGUACUUCUCUUUACUGAAUCUUAGGCUAAUUUUUAAAAUUGCUUCUGUGCUUAAUAAUUUUUCAUCUUUAAAGACUGCAACUCUUGAUUCAAAUUGUGGGGCAAAAGGGGUUCUCUGAUCAUAAAAAUAUUUUAUGAAACAGUUCCCAUGGAAUCAUUUUCAGAGUUGGGCUUUGUAGCUGUUGUUAGGCAGUGCUGGCACUUUACACAUUUUGUACUAGAUGGUUGUCCAUUCUGUUCUUCUGAGGUCUGCUAGUGACAGAAACCUCCUUUAAAUCCUGUUCUACUGUUGAAAGGCGCUCACAGAUGGUCUUUUUUCAAAUGGCUGUGAGAAUCUCAAUGCAGAAUUUCCAGGGACAUUCUCUCUGAAAAUGCAGGUUUCAAGGGAAUUUUUUUUAAGGACAUAAAUUCCAGAAUUAAGAUGUGGCAGAGAACGAGAACGGCUUUCACUCUUACAUUUUCACAGGUGUUGACAGUUUUCUGGCCUGGCUCCGCCUUCCUUGAAUCCUACCUGCUCCUGGGAGUUGCACACCUCUUUGUUAUGUGAGAAAGGUGAGGGGUACGUGGGUGCUGCAUGCUGUUAGAUGUUGUGUAUUCUGUGUGAUUUUUAUUUCCUGGUGGACUGUGAGGCUGUUGUAGCGAUAGCUGAAUGCAUCUGAGGGCCACUGGCUUCAAAAACUUAAUGGUUGGCAGAGAGUCUAAUUGACAAGAUAAUUUUGUUCACAAGCUACUCUUACUAGGACGAACGUAUGUUUAAUUAGAUAAAAUGUUGGUAUUGACCAAUGGUGGUGGUAGAGUACUCCGACGAAUUCUUAGCUUAAGUAACCUUACUGAAUGGAGAUUUUAUUUUGCGGGCAAGUAGAGAUGUCCUUCCUUUUAUUUUUCUCAUUUGUUUGCUCUCAUCUUUAUUGUAGAAACUUCGACCAUUAGAAUCUCUAGAACUGGGGUUUUCAAAAUGUAGCCUAAGGAACCUGGGCUUCCUAGGGACCCUCUCAGGGAAUCGUUACAAAAGCAGUAGAAGCAGUAGUGGGUAAAAGAGCUGUUGCCUUAAUAUAAAGCCAGGCAACAGCACCAAACCUGACUAGUCGUCAUCGUAUUCUUCACCACCAUGCAGUUAUAGUUUUUUUUAAUGUUUCUUUAUUUUUGAGAGAGACAGAGAGACAGAGCAUGAGCAGGGGAGGGGCAAAGAGAGGGAGACACAGGAUCUGAAGUAGGUUCCAGGCUCCAAGCUGUCAGCACAGAGCCUGAUGCGGGGCUCAAACCCAUGAACGGCGAGAUCAUGACCUGAGCCGAAGCUGGACACUUAACUGACUAAGCCACCCACUGGUGCCCCCCAGUUGUAGUUUUUUUAAAAACCCACUUUCACUUCACAGUGUCCUUCAGGAUGAUGAGUGGUGCCAGAAUAGUAUUGGAAUUUAAUCUUGGCUGGGGCUUUAGAAGUUAGCAAGACCAGCUUCCCACCUAAUGCAAAGAUUGAUUCAGUGGUCAUCCUCUACCUGUGCAUUUCUAGUGAUGAGAGGGUCAUGCCAGCCCAUUUCACUUUCAUACAGCCGUAAUUUCAGAAAUGUGUUGUUUACACAUUGAGGCUCUCUUUCUCUAGAAUUUUUACCCUCUGAUUUCAGAGAUUUUUAUAGAUUACCACAGUGCUAAACCUCAGUGAUCAAAAUAUGACAUACCUAUGUUUUUUCAGAGUAGCCCUGCAAAUAUAUGAAGUUCGCUGUUAGAUUUUCCCUCAGUCGUCUUUUGUAGCCUGAAUACCGGUAGUCUUAGUAAUUAAUAAUAAUGAGACCAAAAUUGGUAAUUUUGUCUAGUGUGAUUUUUGUUAAUUAAUUUAUUUUUUUACUUUUUUUAAAUGUUUAUUUAUUUUUGAGAGAGAGACAGCAUGCGAGCAGGGGAGGGGCAGAGAGAGGGAGUCACAGAAUCCGAAGCAGGCUCCAGGCUCCGAGCUGUCAGCACAGAGCCUGAUGUGGGCCUCAAACUCAUGAGCUGUGAGAUCAUGACCUGAGCUGAAGUCGGAAGCUUAACCAACUGAGCCACCAGGCGCCCCCACAGUGUGAAUUUUUUAAAGUAUUGUUUAGUGUAAAUUUUUUUAGUACUUUAUCUUUUCAGCAAAUAAUUGGAGCAAUCCAAGUUUAAUUUAUAUUUGUAUAUGUAUUUGAACUUGGUCUCUGAAAUACAUGACUGUUUAGUUUCACUUCCAUUAGAUGAGUUCUGGAUUAAGACUACAAUAUUAGUGUCAACAUUUUGGCAUUACAUGAAAUAAAUAGAAAAAACACUAUUGUCAUUUUGCUUCAAUAUUGCAAUUACUAACCGAUGGUGAGCUACAUUGAAAAGUGGCUUCAAAUUGUAGUAUAGAUUGGAGGAAGCUUGGGGUUCCUCAAGAAAAAAAGGGAGUAAGCCAGUAAGGGAGGUAGAACUGAUACAUUAAUGUACUUAUUUAAGCACUAUUUCUAGUGCCUGCUCCCUGAUAUGUGGACUGGUUUAGACUUUGGGAAUACAGCUGAGUCCAUGAUGGACUACAGUCCUUGCUCUCUUGCAACUUACAUUCUAGAGAUGAAAGAGUAUUUACGGAUCGCCACAAGUGCUGUAUAGAGAUAAACGGGAACGACACAGAGUAAGGCAGGGGGCACUUUUGGAUGAUGAGGACAUCAGGAUGAGCACAGAAGAAAAGAGGGGGAGACUUUUUUUUUGUAUGCCCCUAGGAUAUUUUGAGAAUUACAGUAUAAAAGUUGUUUGUGCAAAGGUCGUAGAGGCAGAAAAUUUGUUGGGAACCAUUGAUUUUGCACAGGAGAAAACUGAGGCACAAGUUUAAAAAUGGGCAGAUUUUAACAAUUCACCCAGGGUUGUAACUCAUUUGUGAAUGAGCUGGGACCGGCAUCCAGUUUUCCUAGUUCCCAUUCACAUUCAUUCAUUGUUUCUUUUCCUUAGUUUUUUUCAACUGAAUGUUUUUAGCCCCUCAGUCUGUGCCUUGCCAAAAUUGUGUUUCAUUGCCAUAUGGUGGAUUGAAGGAGAGUUUUAAGGAGUUGCUUUCAGAUGGGAUGGGAGAAGCCCAUGAGAAGCACACACAACCUUUCUUAGAAUGGUUGAAAUUCAGUGGUUCAGAGACCUUGUGAAUGAGAAUUAUGACACUAAGAUCAUUUACUUCCUGUAGACCAUAUGUUCUUACAGAUUGAAAAUUGUGCUGGAUUGGAUUAAGGAGAACUUUGGGUUUCUUUUGAAGCCUAAGAAUUUUAUUUUAAUAGAGCUGUAGGUUUCACCAGAUGAGGAAAGCUGCAGUUGGCACUCUGGGUUGAUUAGGAAGUUAGGAGCUUGGGGGUUGGAAUGGUGAAUAUUGUAGAGUCACUUCUGUGAAUCCUGUGGGGUGAUUUGAACGGCCAGGCUAAUGUUCAGUUAGGUUGGUGCCACGUCUGUCUACCUGAUUACCCAUCCCAUGGGGAAUUCUCUGUCUGCAUACCUCUGGGCCAGGCUCAUGGUUUCAUUUGUGGCACAUCUUAGGGUUAGUGGAUUGAGGCCUUGCCGGCAUCUGUCAGUCCAUUACAGUAUAGAGCAGAGGUUGGCCAGGGAGUAAAUAAUUUAAGCUUUGCAGGCCAUGCAGCCUCAGAUGUAAUUACAGAUCUGCCGUUAGCAUAAAAGCAGCAUGGACACUAUUUAAAUGUAUGAGCUGCUCUGUUCCAAUAAAACUUUAUUUGCAGGAACAGGUACUGAGGCAGAUGGCUCACAGCCCCUCGUUUGCUUGACCCCUGCUAUAGAGUGAUGAGGUAAGGGAUAUGGGACGAGUGGAGCUCCCCUAAUAAACCAGAAUUAUUUUUGCUUCUUCAUCUUUCUUUUAAAACUUUUGAAAUUACCUAUGAAAUUACCAUGAAGUGAAUGUGGCUAUUCCAGCAGUUUACAAUUUGACUUGACAUACCUAAGUCAAACAAAAUAGGUUUUGAUAUUUUCCUGAGUUACAUUCUUUUUAAGUAGCUUUACUCUAUUUUUGGAUAGAAGAAAAUUUUUUAUUUCAGAGGAGGGUGCUCCAUGUUUCAUACUGUAAACAUUGCAGUUGGAAUUUAAACAAGACAAGAGUUAUUGAGAUAUAUUCUUUUUUAAUCAGGCAAAACUGAAAUUAAAAUUUAUGAUUUGGGUAGCUAAUCAGAAGACUGCAAUCCAUCAAUUUUUUUUUUUUAACCUUACCCAUUUCUUUAUUUGGAAAGACUGUUUGUCUGCCAAUUAUCAUAAGUUAAUUGGUGCAAUACCAGGUCAAGAAAUGGCAUUGUUAAUGAAAUGAAUUAUUACCCUGCUGUUAGUAAUGAGGCUUCUGCAGAAAUGCGGAAAUGUCUGUGAACUCAUGAAAUGUGAGAAGAAUUUAGUCUACGUGUUGAUUAGAACUGUAUAAAAAUAUGUUUGUGUACAAUCAUAAGGAGAGAUUGCCAUAGAUUUUUCACCUAGUUAGUGUUCCUGUGAAGGAAUUUGGGCUCUUCUUUUUAUUGUUUGCAGGAAAUUUCUGUUUUAUCAUAAAGUUAAAUACAUAAAUAUAAUUUUCAGCAGGAAUUAAAAAAAAAACCC